GAUUUAUGGAAUAGUCUAGUGACCUUUGACCGGAUUUGAGAGGCCCCAAUGCAAACGAGUAAUCCGGUUCGACACGCUUUGUUCCCGCUUGGUGCCAAAGCGCUUUACGUUUCCAACCUACUGCUGAAUGUAGCUGUCUUUGGCAAAAUUUUCCCCCAAAACUGCUCAAAACCAUGGAAAUCGCGGUGAAGACAGAACCGGGGACCUCCCAGGAAAGUUGUGACGCAAACGGCGCGAACUAUGAACAUCAGGGCGACGCAAAUUUCGUGGACGACUUCGGGGAUCCGGAGUGGAGCACCCCGCGCAGUACGAUGUUCGGGAUCGAUGAAACCAGACAUCUCCUGAAAAUCUGGGGCGAGAAGAGCAUCCAGGACGACCUACGCACGACCAAACACAACAGAGCCAUCUACGAGCGCGUACGGAAGCGAAUGGCGGCACUGGGGUACAACCGCACGGUGAAACAGCUCCACGACAAGUGCAAGAACCUCAGCGUGGAUUACCGGAAGGCCAGAAGCCUGAAGAACGCCGGGCGAGAUGUACCCGGUACCGGACGGGCGAUCUUAAAGUUCUACAACGAGAUGGACAGGAUCUUAGGGCAACGGGACACUGCAAGUUCAGGGGCGGAGGAGAACAUAGCUGAAGACGAUAGUCACAGCUCCAGCUCCCUGACGGAGAAUGAAACAUUAUCGUACACCCUUCCUGGGACCCACUGUGCCAGGGCUGCAGAUGGAAGAUUUACACACGUCCCGUACAUGCAUGACCCAACAAAGUCGCCAGGCGCCCCCCGACCGAUCUGGUCAGACACCGAAACACUCGCCCUCAUCAACAUCUGGGGAACGGACAAGUUUCAGUCCCUCCUGAAGUCCGUACACCACAAGAAACCGAUCUUCAAGGAGAUUCAAGGGAUGAUGAACGCUCAAGGGUACCAGCGAACGGCGAAGCAGCUCAAGGACAAGUGUAAGAACCUCCUUGUUGAGUACAGGAGAGCGCGGCGCUCAGGGGCCGAUGACACGAGCCGGCGGUCCAUGUUCAAGUUUUACGACAAAUUCCACAGCAUCAUGGGACAGGAGACAGACAGUUCAGCAGCAGGCCUGGAGGAGUCGCAAACUUCGGCGCCAGAGAUGGAAGAUUUGGGAGAUGACAGCCCUGGUUCGCCCUACCCCAUCAGUGUUACAACAGUGGUCAGAAACAUGGAGGAAGCAGAACAGCCAAGUCCCCAUGGUAGCAGUGAAGACUACAGCCCCUGCCCAGCGUCAGCACACAUCGGUAUGUCAUCUGAUGACGCUAAUCUCAGCAAUCCAGCACAGAGCCACCGGGCGCCAUGGCUCAACUCCGAGACAAGGGCUCUCCUAGAAAUCUGGGGACAUAAAAACAUCCAAGAAGACAUUCGCAGAACCAGGCACAACAAGGUGAUCUUUAAGAAAAUCCAAGGGAAGAUGCAAGAACGUGGCUUCUCGAGGACUGUGACACAACUACAGGCUAAGUGCAAGAGUCUGGCUAAGGAGUACAGGAAGGCAAAGAGGAACUCUGCAGAUGAUGAGGGGCGUCGGCUUAUUUGCAGAUUUUACAAUGAACUGGACAGCAUACUGAGCAGUUAUGACAAUCCCUGUUUGGAAUCUGUGACUGACUCACAAACUAAAAGGCCUCUGUGUGAUACCUUAAGUACUGAAGAAGGAAACGGCCCCUUCCAUCCCUCGCAGCCCAAUGGAAACUUGACCGCCAUGAAUGGGACAGGAGUGAAGCGGGCGCGGAUGGAGGAUUCGGAGUCAGAGUCUGACGGAGGAAACUGUGAGAUGAUCAGUCCUCGCCCCAAGACCUCAUCCACCAGAAUAGUCCCAGGAAAGAGGUUCUUUUCCCUGAAGGCAGCUGGCUGUGUGUUCCAGUCCGAACACUGGCAGCCACGCGGGGAAACAGUGUACCAGCCCCUCCAACAUGAAGUACUGAUCAACGCCACCAACAUAGAACAGAUCAGCUUCUCCGAGGGCCUGGCCUUUGUAGGGAACCAGGCUGGGGCCUAUGUCAGUACAGAAUCAGGUCACAUGAUCCACCUAUGGCGCCAUGACAACCAAGAGCGUAAACUUUACGUGUCACGGACAUUCCUCUUCACUAACUACCAGAUGUACAGUGAGGUGCGAGAGGUGCUAGAGCAGUUGUAAAACCAAAAAGGAUGAUAUCGCAUGGAAGAGACAAGAAAACAACCUGGUCUUAAUAGCAGUUUUUAUAUCAAUAGUGUCAUGUUGAAAGCAGUGUGGAAAGGUUGUGAACAAGUAUCUUAUAUGUAGAUAUAUAUGGUGCACAAAAUAGUGCAUGAUAAGUUUUUUUUGCAAUAAGUUAAAAUGCUUCCCACACUACAUGUUGCAUACGGCAGCACCCAUCUGCUAUUCAAUAGCCCUCUGCCUCUACAGCCUCAAAAGGGCUAUGGAACUACCUUUACCUUUUUACAUGUAUUUUGGCAGGAGCAGAGAAACAUUGUGGCAAUAUUAUCAGAGCUUUAUGCAUGUAUACUGUCCUUAAUUAGUGUUGUAGAAUGUCUACAACUAGUACAUAUAUAAUACAAACUCUUGCCUAUGGUGCAAUGUCAUAUGCCAGUUGCUACAUAUUGUAUUGUGCUUUUAAUGUGGAAACAAGCCCCAGUGCCACGGUCUAUGAAUUGUUCAGUGCAAAAAUACUUAAUGCAAAAUAUACUGCACAAAUGAGUCAUAAACUUCCCAAACCAUACUUAGUGAUAAGAGUGCGUUUAUAAAUGAAUAUUGAAAAGUUUGUAACUUCUAGGUUUUCUUUAGUAUGUAGCUGGAUAGUGAGCUAGGAAGAAAGAAACUCUUAUCCAAUGUACUGGGCACUAUGUGCCACAUACCUAUAAUAUACACACAUGUAACAUAUCAGUUUUAAUAUUUGUUCUCAUACAGUUCUCAAUGUAAAUACCUUUCAACUACCAGUGUUAUAUCCAUAGACAUGUCUGUACAAUAUCUUCAUCACAAUGAUCUUUCAAUAUAGACUAAUGAAAGUACAAAGUGUCUUUUUUUAUUUCAUAAGUUGCUUUGAAACUACCAGACUUAAAUGGCUCCUAGGUGAAUGUAUUUAAGGUCUAAAAAGUGACAGAUAUAUCAUCAAGACCUUCCCGCGUCAGAAAAAUUGGGCUGUCGGAAAACAUCACCAUCUUCCCUCCUAACAUCUACUUUGAGAUGACGUAACAGCCCCGGUCAUUGACCUUUAGGGUCAGUAGGGCUCCGCCAUCUUGGGGUCAUAAAAUUUCCAGUGUGGAGUUCUUUGGAGUUUGGUAGCUCUCGAAGAAGAUGUCUCUGAAUCGUAUAAUCCAAACUGCGAUGGUAUGGAGCAUCGCAAGCUUCUACGGCUCCGUAAUGUUGGUGACGAUGACGCUCAGUGCCAUCCGGCGCGGUCCUCGGGCGUUCUUCGGCUACAAGUCUCGCCCCGACCGGCCCAAGUGCCUGGACGAUCCUGACCUGGGAACUCACGGCUACGUUCGGCUGAAGACCAGCGGGCUGAGGUUCCACUAUGUGGCGGCGGGGGAGCCGCAGAAGCCGCUCAUGCUGUGUCUGCACGGCUUCCCGGAGUGCUGGUACUCCUGGCGCCACCAACUCAAGGAGUUCAGGAACUCCUACCGAGUUGUCGCUCCAGACCUACGUGGUUACGGUGAGACCGAGUCCCCACAACCCUCUGGCUACCACGGCUGGCCCAACUUCAGCAUGGCCCACCUGACCAAUGACGUGCGAGAGCUGAUAGAAGCUCUAGGCUACAGCUCCUGCACCCUGGUGGCACAUGACUGGGGUGGCGCUGUUGCCUGGGACUUCACCAUCAA